AUGCCCGCCUGGCUCGCCCCUGUCCUCGCGGGCGUCGCCGUCCACGCCGCCAUCCAGCUGGUCGAGAUCGACAUGUUCCUCCCGCACAUCGGCUGCGCGCUCCUCAGCCUCGCCGCGCUCUUCAUUGGCCUCAACGUGCACGUCUUCGACACCACCACCUACCUCUCCGCGACUGCAGAGCUUGCCCACGCAUCUGCCCUGCUCUCGCUCGGCCUGGCGGCUUCGAUUCUGGUGUACCGCGGUUUCUUCCAUCGCUUGAGGCGCUUUCCGGGGCCGUGGCCAGCGCGGUUGACUAAGUUGUAUGCGGUAUGGAAGUCGGCGAGGUCGGUGCAGUGGCAUAGAGAGUUGGAGAGGAUGCAUGAGGAGUAUGGGGAUGUGGUGAGGACGGGUCCCCGCGAGCUCUCCAUCGCCCGCGCCGAAGCCCUCAUCCCCAUCGCCGCCUGCCGCAAAUCCACCCUCUACGCCCUCUCCGACUGGAACGACGACCGCCUUGGCCUCAUCGAGACGCGCUCGCUCACCGAUCACCGUCUCCGCCGCAAGCCGUGGGAAUUGGCACUCAACGCCAAAUCCCUCGCCAAGUACGACCCCGAAAUGCAAUCCACCAUCGGCCUCUUCCUCGACGCCAUCGCCACGGCCGGCGACUCCGGAGCUGAAGCGGUUAAUGUCACCGAAUGGGUCGCGUACUUGGCGUACGAUUUGAUGGGGGUGGUGGGUUUUGGACGCGAUUUUGGGCAGUUGAGUGGGGGCGGAGUGGAGCAUUGGGCGGUCAGGGCGCUGAGGGCGCAGCAGCUAUUUAUCGGGGUGUUGAAGCCGGUGCCGUGGGCUUUGAAUGCCUUGUCUAAGAUUCCGGGGGCGGAUGGGCCAGUGAGGCCAUUUGUGUCGUAUUGUGCCGGGUUAGUGAAGGAGAAGCGGGAUGCCCUCGCCGCAAACGACGACAAAUCCCAACCCCCAUCGGACAUAUGCACGCACAUCCUCCGCGCCUACGAAGCGCGCAGCCCGCACGCGCCACGCACACAAGCCGCCCUCAACGAAGACGGCCGCCUAAUCGUCACAGCCGGAGCCGACACCACGUCCAACACCCUCAUCAACACCUUCUACUACCUCUCCCGCCGCCCCGCCCUCUGGCGCCUCCUCCAACGCUCCCUCGCCCCGCUCUUCCCCCUCGGCCCCGAAUCCUUCACCUACCCCCACCUCGCCGCCAACCUCGCCGCCGCGCCCCUGCUCGACGCCGUCCUCAACGAGACGAUGCGCCUCAAGCCCGCGACCCCCGGCGGCAAUCCGCGCGUCACGCCGCCAGAGGGCUUGCGCGUGAUACUGCAUGACGAUGACGACGACGACGACGACGAGAGCGGCGUAGGCGUAGGCGUAGGCGUAGGCGCGGGUGAAGGCAAAGCCAAAGGCAAAGGCAAAGGGCGCGGCGCCGCACCCAACAACGUCCUGUACAUCCCGGGCAACACAGACGUGUACAUCUCGCCGCACGUGCUGCACCGCUCGCCGCGCUACUUUGUCCGGCCGGACGAGUUCCUGCCCGAGCGGUGGAUCGCGGAUCGCCGGCUGGGCGGACGGCCGGAGCUCAUCAGGCGUGGGAACGCGGGCGGUGGGGCGGGUGCGUUCUUCCCGUUUCAGGUCGGGCAGUUUGCGUGCGCGGGCAAGGCGUUGGCCAUGUGGGAGAUGAGGAGCGUGGUGGCGAGGGUGGCGUUGAGGUUCGAUUUGGGGUAUGAGGGGGAGGAGGAGGACGGCGGGGAGGAUGUGGUGGGGAGGGUGUUUGAUGAGGGGAUGAGGGAUACGUUUACGAUGACGUUGGGGCCGAUGUGGGUGAGGUUUAAGGAGAGGGGGAGGUGGUGGGAGGAGGGGGACGAGGUGGGGGUGGGGGCGUAG